AUCUAAAUCAUUUUGUUUUAAUAUGCAAAUGUGUGUAUAUUUAGGAUGUUAAACGUGGCAUUAUGCAUGUGGCAAGCCUUCCAUCCGAUAAGAAAGACAAAAAUGAGAGCGUAUACCACUCCUUAAAUUCUUAAAUCAAAAGUGAAAGCAGACAGAAAUCACGUUACCUUCAUUUUCCCUUUCUCUUAAAGCACUGCAUUAACAUUAAAAGACUUGUGCUGUUUAUGUGACGUGUCCAGCAUUUGCUGAAAGUCAAAGCAGAUAUUCAUCUGAGACUGGACACGCGGUCUUCACCUUCAUCUGUUCUGAAUCCACUAAAGAAAUGAGUGCGGGUGGUAACAGGAACACGACAGCGACACGGCGUCUCAAACAGGUUUACCUCAGGAUAAGGAGAGAGCCCGUGCCUUACAUCAGUGCCGAACCUCUGCCGUCUAAUAUACUGGAAUGGCAUUUUGUUGUUCGCGGACCUGAGAAAACCCCUUACGAGGGCGGCUACUAUCACGGCAAGUUGCUAUUUCCUCAAGAAUUUCCUUUCAAGCCACCCAGUAUUUAUAUGAUAACUCCUAAUGGGAGAUUCGCGUGCAACGCGCGGCUUUGUCUGUCCAUUAGUGAUUUCCACCCUGACACGUGGAACCCGGCCUGGUCCGUCUCCACCAUCCUCACCGCACUGCUGAGCUUCAUGGUGGAAAACAUUCCCACGCUGGGAAGCGUAGAGACGUCUGACUUCACCAAAAGACAGCUGUCUGCACAGAGCUUGGCCUACAACCUGAAAGACGGCGUUUUCUGUGAGCUGUUUCCUGGGGUUGUGGAGGAGAUCGAGGCGAAGCAGAGGACUCGGAAAGACUUCGGCGUUCCUCCUCAUAACGGUCAGCCAAAGCCUAACGUCAGAGGAGCGCUUGUAAACCUGUGUGUUGUAGCUGGUUUAGUUUUCUGUGUCUACACAGUCAGGUUUGGGCUGCAUCUUAUAGGCCAGGACUGAAAACAGACUCUACCGAUGCGACCCGAAAGCUCUAUUUGAGGCAUCGUUCUUUCUUUUAACUUCUGUUCAGAACACUUGAGGUAAUGCAAUGAUACGGGAUGGUUUUCUGAAGUUCAUGACACUUUGAAAUGAAACCAGCAGUCUAAAAAAACAGCUUUUGUAAUAUUCUUGAUUCACUGUAAAAAAAAAACAGAUUCAACUUGUUACCCCGCUUUAACCAACAAAAACAUUUUAGUUGUCACUUAAAUUAACAUUAAGUAACUAAAACUUACUAUACCACUAUAAAUAAUAAUUUUGUAAAGUAAAUGACUUCAUUUAAUAUGUAGCUGUUGGUAAAAUAAUUAACUGUGUGAUUACAUUCAUAUCUGUCUUUAUAUUUUGUGUUAUAAGAAUGUUAUUUCGUUGUUUCUUUCUUUCUUUUUUCUUCUUUCUUGCUUUUUUGCCUGUGCAAUUAAAUGAUUAAACUUCAUUUUGAAGUUAAAGUACAAGCAUUCAAUAAACAACUAAUUAUUAGCAUGACUAUGAAUCUUUACAUUCACCACACUGGACCUUUAGCAGUCUUUUUAAUCAACCAAAGACCCUGAAAUUAUAAAGUAUUUGAUGGGGUCUCUCUAAAAAACGAUUUUAUUUAGCACUGGUUAUGUAAGUGGACUACUUCAAAAUCACUCUUGUAAAUGACAUCCUCCAAACUAAAAUGUAAUUUCAGUCAGGCGUUAUUUUAAGAUACAAUUUUUUGCCAUUAACAAGCCAUUUAACUACAACUGUUGCCUCAAAAAAAAUAAAAUAAAUAAAAAUAAAAAUCUGCUGCUUAUUAAUAGUUAGUAAUGUAAAUGUCACGUUUAGGUAUUGUGUACAUGUACUUUACGUCUUAAUAAACAGCCUAUUCGUUAUUAAUAGGUAUGCUAGGCAACUUUAAUAUCAUUGUUACUUAAAGACUCCUAUAAAAAAAAAAAAAACGGGUCCAUUUUAACAACAUUUUGAAAAAUAAUACGUUUAUUUUUCAAGUCAGUCUGAGGCAAUUUGUUAACAUGCUUUAAAUGUACUUUGUACUGAGAGAGUGAUUAUAAUUAUAUAUUUAUAUAGUUGUUUUGUUUUCGAGUUAGCUCUUAUUACAUCUGUAUUACUGUUAUUCGAAUGACGACGUUUGCACUAUUAACAUUAAAUGUGGUAACCCAUACGAUAAAAAAAAUGCCACGCUUGUCUACUUUAUUCCAUUUAAGUUGGCUUGACGCGAAGCCGUGUGCGUCAGUGGCGUGUUUCCAAUAGUAA